AUGCCGAGCAGGCAAUUUACUGACAAGGCAAUUCAACUUUGGCUGCAGAAGCUCAAUCUUAUUGCUUAUGAAGUCGAUGACAUAUUAGAUGAUUAUGCAACCGAAGUCUCGAGAGAACCGAAAUGCAAAAACAGAUGUUGUAAUGUAUUGGAUUGUCUUCCAGCAACAUCAAACAUAUGGUUUCGGCACAGGAUUGGAGCAAGGAUGAAGAAAAUCAUUGGAAAAUUUGAUGCAGUUGCUGAUGAGAGAAUAAAGCUUGGAUUGAGUGAUCAAAAGCGCGGGAGCAACCACUUUCUGGUUGAUUCCACUGCAACACGUGAGACUGGUCCCUUGCUAAAUGAACCUGAUCUAGUCCUAGGAAGGGACGAGGAAAAAGAUAAGAUUGUAGAAAUAUUGGUGAAUCAAGUUAGCGAUAACCAAAAUGUAUCCGUACUCCCUAUAAUGGGUGUUGGAGGCCUUGGAAAGACAACACUUGCCCAAUUGGUCUUCAAUGAUAAGCGCGUAAUUGAGCAUUUUGAGCUAAAACUCUGGGUUUGGGUUUCAGAGGAUUUUGAUGUGAAGAGGAUAAUAAAAGCCUUAAUUGAGUCUGCAAAAGGGACUUCUGCUGAAGCCCUAGGCAUGGAUCCUCUUCAAAGAAAACUUCAAGAGUUGUUGAGAGGGAAAAGAUACAUGGUUGUACUAGAUGAUGCCUGGAAUGAGAAUCGAGAGGAAUGGGAGAAACUGAAAUCUGUUCUGGAAUGCGGAUCAAGAGGUAGUUCAAUUGUCACGACAACUCAUGUGGAGAAGGUUGCCACAAUAAUGGGCACAUUACAGACACAUUAUCUGUCAAGUUUGUCAAACAAUCGGUGUUGGUCAUUGUUUAGGCAACGGGCAUUUGGUCGUCAAGAGGCAGAAGAAUAUCCUAACCUUAUAGCCAUUGGAAAAGAGAUUGUGAAAAAAUGUGGUGGUGUUCCACUAGCUGCAAAGGCUCUCGGAGGCUUUCUACGAUUCAAGAGAGAAGAAACUGAAUGGAACUUUGUGAAAUCUAGUGAGCUUUGGAACUUACCUGAAGAUGAAACACAUAUCUUGCCCGCAUUGAGAUUAAGCUACCUUAAUCUUCCGGUAGAGUUGAGAGGUUGCUUUGCAUAUUGUGCAGUAUUUCCCAAGGGCUCUAAAAUUGAAAAAGAAGAGGUAAUACAUUUGUGGAUGGCAAAUGGAUUGAUUUCAUCUAAUGGAACGAUGGAAGUGGAAGAUGUUGGUGAUGCUGUGCUGACUGAACUACAUUAUAGAUCAUUGUUCCAAGCUAUGGCGAAAGAUGAGUUUGGCAGUGUCCUCACUUUUAACAUGCAUGACCUUGUCCAUGAUCUAGCUCAAUCUGUAAUGGAGGUGAAACACGGUGGAACAGAGUAA